AUGCCUGGUAUCGUCAUGGAAGAUGCCAGUGACAGCGGAUCCAGACGCUGGACGAGCCCCCAUGACCUUCACGAGAACAAUGGGCAACCAAAUUCGGUGCGCGCGACCGAAAACAAUGGCGCGCUGGCGGACUCGGAAAAAGCCUCGAGGCAGCUGAAUGGCUCUUCCAAGGAGCCUGGUUCCCUCGAUCGACGUCCGAAUAUGACGAAUGAUCAUCCCCAGAAAAUGGCCAGAGCUGAAGAGUCAACUCAGGCACCGAGGCAACCGCCUCCGGAGCUGGUUCACAUCACCCAGGGCUUUUCCCCCUACGGCCAGCUGGUCAAUAGAGCCGUUCAGCAGUGCUGGAAUGAUCUCUCUGAUCUGAUCACGGAGCUGGCGGACAUCCAGGUAUCGACCCAGCAGCAGCCGUCUCAAUUGACUCUUCCGAACGGCAAACCGUCAGGGAACCAGUCUACGGAGAAUGUGCAAAAGAAGCUCCGACUCCUGGAAUUCUUGCAGAAUAAACGUGCCGAAUUUAUCAAGCUACUCGUUCUUUCCCAGUGGAGUCGGCAAGCAGCCGACGUUAGCAAGCUGAUCGACCUCCAAGGCUUCAUCCGCACACGUCACAUGGCCUACAAUGCAGCCAUCCAACGAGUCGCCGAUAUGAAACGAGACUUGGUGAGGGCUCAGGUCGCCAACCCAGAUCUGGCAACCGCGCUAGAGGUUUUGUCGACGGGGAGAGUCUCCAGUAUGCCAGAUCUUGGGUACAAGCCCCCGAAACCUCUCACCGCAAAAGGCUUGCUCCGGACCUUGCGAAAAAUAAAUCGGAUCAUCAGCACACGGCUGAUAUUACAUGAUUCUGUCCCUGCCCCCUUUCAUAACUACCGGGUCCACGACGGCCGAGUGACAUUCAUCGUUCCUAAAGAAUUUGAAAUUGAUCUUUCCAUCGCGGAAGAGGACCCCCAUUCUCAGUUUUAUUUCAUCGAUAUCCGCUUUCUUUUCUCGCCGUCCUCUCCUAUUCCCAAGGGUCGCUUCUUCAACGAGUUGGACCUGCGGAUCAACAACAUUCUAAGAACAGAAGGUCUGGCGGGUUGCUUCGAUUUCGUCCACAACCUCGUUCUCUCGAACAAGAUCAACAUUCUUUUCAGACAAGCAGUGGAUCUCAUACGGGGCCAGUGGUCUGAUGCCUUGCGCGUUGAAUUACUACGCCGCACCUUAGUGGUACAGUAUUGGGCCAACAAGCCCGGACCAAAGAGCUGGUUGGAGAUCGGCAUCAGAAGCGGUCGUCAAAAGACCUCUGCAGGAGAGCGAGCUCCACGGGUGUCACAUUUGGGUUUGCGUUGGAUACGGGAAAACAAGGAAGUGGAUUCCACGGAUAUCAGCUUCGAUACAGAGAAUCUUUCGAUAGAGUCAAUUCUGCGCAGCGCAAUCGCCCUCCACACUUCUCAUUGGCUUCGUUCCGCGUAUGCUAGAUUCAGCGUGGAGCCCUUAUUUGCGACUCGCUCGCUUUCCCUCAGAGCCCAAACCUCGACCAUCGAGCCAGGAGACUGCUAUCUCAACGUCCAGCUAACGAGGUCUCGGUAUCUCUGUGCUUCUGUUGAACCCGUGUCAGGAAAUAUAUGCCUCCGGACCACUCCCACGCCCCUAAGUCUUCUCGAUAAGGAUCGCAAUGCGGAUGACCUUGUCGCGAGGAUUUCCCGGCUCCGAUGUAUCGCAGCGAUGGAAGAGAUCGAAGCGAACGCCAAGAUGUUAGGGUGGGAAAUCGUCGACCAUCGGAAACUCAAAGUCGAUAUUCGACGUCUAUUCCCGCCAAAUAUUCUGCGGGCUUCAUUUUUCCGUCAUCGUCUCUGGCAACCCGGCUGGAUUGUGGCUGCGACGACCAGUCUGAGUGGUGAUGAUUGGUGGGUUCUGCAGUUGAAACCCCGGCCGUCGCCAAACCCCAACUUGCAGCACCUACACAGUUCAGCUUCAUCGGAAGGCUUUCUGAUACAAUCUACUCGGGUUGUGGUCGGGAACCUGGUUACCGCACACCAACAGCUUAGCUACUCCUUCUUCGCAAACCUUGAACAUUCGUUGGCCGGCAUUAUCGCGAUGCAUGCCAAUGCGUCUUGGUUGGCGGAUUUGCGUUCUUUGCACUCGUUCCCGACUGCUCAAAACCUACAACUCGGACGGAACCUCGAAGUACCUCAUCUUUCUAUUCGUUUUGACACCUCCAAGCUGCCAGAAGCGCUCCGGAUGCAUCCCCCUGCAGGAAUCAGGAAGAAGUCAUAUGUGAAAGAAACGAUCAGCCUUUCCUACCACGGAUUCGACCCUCGAGCGAAAGCUGUUAUCGUCGUAGCGUAUGGCCGUUUCCAUGCUCCCUUGAGGAAUCUCGGUCUCCGGACUUUGAAAUUGGACGACUCAGUGAUUCUCCAGAGGAGAGGAUCGGGCUUUGCUAUCCGUUUCUUGGUUGCGGCCGGUCAGUCUAUCAUUGCCGAGCUCUGCGAGCGUGUUCAGCGACUUGAGAUUGUCCUCUCCGUUUUCGAAUCCCUUCGGCGGAACAAGGUUAAAAUACGGACAUUGUCCCUUUCGCGGCUUUCCUUUGUUUACGCGCCGGAACAGGACCUCAGCGCCAGCAUCGUUGUCCGGCUUUCUGGGCCCGACUCUCUUGCCGAUCUGGAACCUGCCGCCCUCCGCUCAGAGACGACAUCGCUUUUCCGCCUGCGCCUCGACAUUUCUUUUGCCGAGUCGAAUCCUCAUAGCCGAAUCAGACAAUCUCUCGCAGCAAUCCUGAAUCAAGACUCUUACGCGGGUAUUGAUUCGGUGAUUCGGCUUCUCACUUUCACCCUUCCGCUGUUACGGGCUUUAGAUCGCCUGGUCACACAGCCGUCGUGCAAUCCGUCCUUGACGGUGCAGGUCACUGCGCGUGGUGCGAAAACAUAUCAAUUCCGUUAUUCUGGCCUACGCUUCCGAUUCCUUCUCACGGCUGGAUAUCGCCGGGACGGCAUGAUAUGGGUAUUGAAGGACAUCGGCUCAUCACGAGAGAAACGUGAAGGAGAGGAAGUUAUCGCAAGCAAAUUACAAGAAAGGAUUUACGACUCUAAAGGCGACGGUUGGCAGGGCCUUGGAAAUGGGGCUGUGGCGGACGCGGACAAAGUUGGAAAUCUGAUCACGGAGCUGGACUCGUGCUUUGCCGAUGUUGCAACUAUGGCUUCCAGUGGGGAUGGAAAAGAUGCCGAUGCGGGACAGAUGUCUGCAGAAACGAAGGGGCCUGGCGGGUCAACAUCUGUCGAUGCUCCGGGAAGAGCAGCGGGCACGAACGCAAAUACUUCGCAAGCGCCUGACAAGCCGGCAGGCCCCGACGUAAUUAUGAUUGACUAG